CAAGUUCUUCAAUCUUUUUCUCGCGCACUGUCCAAAACAAAAACAAAAACAAAAACAAGAACAAAAAAAACAGAGCCUCUUUCCCUCUCAAAUAAAACCCUAAUCCCUCUCUCUCUUUGACCAUAAAAACCAGGGGAGAUGGCGGGCAGAGGAAAAGCCAUUGGAGCGGGAGGCUCGAAGAAGGCGACAUCAAGGAGCAGCAAGGCUGGGCUUCAAUUUCCAGUGGGUCGCAUUGCUCGUUUCUUGAAGGCGGGGAAAUAUGCAGAGAGAGUUGGUGCUGGUGCUCCUGUUUAUCUUGCUGCUGUUCUUGAAUAUCUCGCUGCUGAGGUGUUGGAACUUGCGGGAAAUGCUGCUCGUGAUAACAAGAAAACAAGAAUAGUACCAAGGCAUAUUCAGUUGGCAGUGAGAAAUGAUGAAGAGUUGAGCAAAUUGCUUGGAACUGUGACCAUUGCUAAUGGUGGUGUUUUACCUAACAUUCAUAACAACCUUUUACCCAAGAAAGCGUCAGCAUCUGGUGGCUCGAAGGCCUCUGCUGAUGAAUGAAUGAAUUCAUAGAGAUUGGGGAGGAUUUUCUUCUGAUAAUUAGAGUUUUGAUAAUUAGUGGUUCAGAGCAUCUGUAUUCUUCUCUUCUGGUUCAUUCCCUUCUGAUUGACCGUGAUUUGGGCACGUGUAAUAUACCAAGUUAGUUAGGUUUUCAAAACUGAUUUCUAUUCUCUUUGUUAUUGAAACCAUGCAAUCAGUCAUCUGUUAAUGGAAUGUGUGUGAUUUUUGAUC